UACUGAGAGACCUCAUCUGCCACUGCACGGUCUUUGGAACUGAUGCAUCAGGUGAAAGAAGUCUUGUUCAUGUAGGGCUCAUUAUAAAAAUCAAGAGGGUUUGCAAGUGCUCAAGAAGCUUGAAGAAUAGAAGCUGCAAGGGACGACCUCAGUGGAAAUCAAAGAGAUGAGGUUGGGUGCGUUGCCCACAGCUUCCAGAACAACCACCAAGUUCUAAAAUUGGCUCUGGAUUCAGAAGGACGUCAGAUCCCUCAGAUCAGACCCAUGAUGGAGGUGGGUUGAUGCCCAAGGCCAAGACUGAAUUCCCCUCUCGCAUUGCUGAGACACGCAACUCGUGGAGAGAUUCUGCAGAUGAGUCUGACUUCUGUGGUUUCCUGGAGUCUGGUCUCAGGCUAUAAAACCUUGCUAGGAGCAGGACGAGACCCCAGACACAGCCCCACCUCUAAGGGAUCCACUGAAGCCCAGAAGGCUGUGAUGGAGCACCUGCAGACUCUCCUGCUGUCCCUCCUGCUGGUGAUGUGUCCCCCAGCCAGUGCCACCCCAUCCAUUGCAGAUUAUCCCUGGAAGUGGAAGGAGAGAGGAGGAGAAGCCAAGGCAGCCUCCAGGGCACACCCCACACCCUACAUGGCCUACCUGCAGGGGAAGGACAAGAACUUCUGCGGGGGCUUCCUCGUGGCCCCCAGCUGGGUGAUGACGGCGGCUCAGUGCCUCGUCCACAAACCUCUGACUGUCAUCCUGGGAGCCCACACGCUCCAGAGGAGAGAGGACAGCUGGCAAACCUUCGAGGUCAAGGAGUACCACUGCCACCCGGGUUUUACAAGCCCUAAGAAGGGAAAUGACAUUCUUUUGCUGAAGCUGAAUGGCAAUGCCACCAGCAACAGCCACGUCAGGCCCAUUUCCUUUGAGAAAUCCAAAGUUCGUGGUGGGAGCGAGUGCAGCGUGGCUGGCUGGGGCUACAGGACAGCCACUGUCACCCUGCGUGAGGCCACUGUCACCGUCAUCAGGCAAAGGGACUGCCUCAGCCACUACCCAGGACUCGCUGACAACUUGAUUUGUGGCCGCAGCAGAUCCUCUGGGGUACCUGAAAAGGGUGAUGCUGGGGAUCCGCUGGUCUGCAACAACAAAGCCUAUGGCAUCUUCUCCUACAGGCACAACAACUGGCCUGGCUUCUACACACACAUCGCUCCUUUCCUCCCCUGGGUCAACAGCGUCAUGAAGUCAGCGUGACCCUGCUCCCCCUGCAGAGCUCACCCUCCACAGCCCCGUCCUCACCAGCU